AUGGUUCCUGAGUUGAAAUCCUCUCCAAAGUACAUUGUGAAGAAUCUCUUCCUUUAUUACCUGUUUCGGUUUGCCACUGCUCUUGGCCAGGAGAUCUUCUACAUCACUUUUUUUCUCUGUACCUACUGGAACUUUGACCCCUAUAUUUGCAGAAGCCUUGUGGGUAUUUGGCAGAUUGUGAUGUAUGUUGGCCAGGUCUCAAAGGAUCUCCUAAAAUGGCCUCACCCCUUCUCCCCCCUGGUUGUGAAGCUGGAGAUCAGGGUUGACGUGGAGUAUGGAAUGCCAUCCACGCACGCCAUGGCAGCCACCAGCAUCUCCUUUACUUUCCUUCUCUGUACUAUGCACAGACACAAGUAUCAAUUUGAGUUGGGCUUGAUGGCUGCAGUAGUCCUGUCUGCUCUGGUGUCCCUCAGCAGACUGUACACUGGAAUGCACAAAUUGCUAGAUGUGAUCUGCGGUGUCCUUAUUAUUGCUGUGGUGAUUGCACCUACCUAUCCUUUCUGA